CCGCACUCUAACAAUUAACAACAUCUCCAGCAUGCCUCUUGCUUGUGUCACUCCAGAAUUCGAGUACUUUAAUGCAAAAGUUGACAUUGUUGCUGUGCCAGCUAUUGGAGCUGACCCAAAGGUCACAUAUCGGUACCCUGGCCUGAAAGUUCCGGACAAACAAGACGCACAACGAUGGCACCACAUGUUCUCCGAUCUCUCCGAUGCUCGAGUAUUCCUUUACACUUUCCCAAAACCUGAAAACCCCAAGACUCAUGGCAUAACGAAAUACUCUGAAGAUCUGUUGCGCGAAAUGGCGAGCGAGGGUUUGGGGAAGAGCCGAAUGAUUCAUUUUGUGGGACAUAGUACUGGAGGGCUUGUCGUCAAGCGAGCCCUCAUAUUGGCAAACGGUAGCAACAAGCAUGAUUGGCUGGAAAUCAAGCGAAAGUGCUGCAGCAUUGCAUUCUUUGGAACUCCCCAUUAUGGUAGCACGGUACUCUGUCAAAGCACCUAUAAACUUGCAGUUUCUCGACUUCUAGGCCUCAAGCUUAUUAUGAGCGAUCGCCUACGACAAGACCUGACGGAUGUCGAGAACCUAGAUGGCUUGGUUCAUUUUAGCCGCACAUUUCAACCAAUAACAAUCACUAUGGAGAAAAUUUGGAGUUUUUUUGAAGCUCGGGAUUCCAAGUUGGAGGUCAGGGCGACCAUCAACGAUCGUAUUGGAUCCACAUCGAUUAGAAGAAUGGCCAGUAUUGCCUGCGGGGACGAGAAAAGCAGUUUUCCUCUUAUUGGCUGCGAGCAGGCCAUUUCCGUGAAGGCAGAUCACGCAACUCUUCCGCGGUUUGGUGAUGACCCGAAUUCUCAAACGUUCCACCAGUACAUUGAUGGACUUCGGGAGCAUAUCAGCAAAUCGUCUGGUAAAACUGACCGGGAUCCGCGAUGGCUAGAGAAUGAACUCAAGGUUGAAGUGCACCUGUUCUACGAACUGAACGAAGGAAAUCAAUCUACUGUCAAGCUAUGGUCGGUCAAUCCAACUCUUCGAGAUCUCAUAAACGAUGGUCCAGGGAUGCGUUUAGAACGAAGGGUCGACUUGGCUGUCAACGAACCUCAGGGCAACGAUGCUCGGGUUCAUCCAGAGGAUUCUUCCCAUGCGAAUAUUGAAAGCAAUGGCAUGCCAAGCAAUAACAAAAACCGAGCUCGAAAGUAUACCGGGUCAACAUUAGCCAGCCCGCAGAAAGAUGAUUUUCGUCCCCAAAUGCAUGUCGUCACGGAUUUAGGGCAGUCAGCGAAUGGUGAAGCAGAUGAAACUGGAAGCAAUAGCAGCACCCCAUCAGCCUAUAAGCUCCCUGAUCUUGGUCACGCGCAUUUCCGCUGGAUUCAUGUCCCAGCCAACAACAUGAUUUGGGUAGAAAAGAUCUUCCAAGCAGUUGAGAGGGACCGAGAAAGAAAACGAUUCAAGGAAGUCGCAGAAUCCGUUAAAGGCGUGGAAGAAAUGCCAGAGGCCACCGACUCAGCAGCAUCAGAAAGCGAUUUGCACUCAACACCUGUAGAAGGCUUGCUAGAAGACCCUGCUAAGUCACAAUUGCUCAAAGCCGUCGAGGUCAUUCAGCAGCAAGACAAGCCAGUAGAGGCACCAGGCCUCAACGCUGCUGUUAAGGACCCACGGAAGGGCGUAGCACUUCUGAAAAUUGCUCAAAACGUCCCUAGCCCCAAGAUAUCAUCUAUUAUUCCAGAAGCUACCCAAGCCAUCGAAGACAUUCGGGAGCGAGCAGUUUUCCUCGAAGUCACAAAGGAGAGAACACAAAGAGGGGAGACCUUGCGGGGUGAUGUCAUCGCGAAAGCGAUCCGUGAAGAGCGUAGCAAGCCUCGUCUCGCUAGUGCAGUACUAGACAAGCAGUACUGGAACUGGAAACAGGUCACCUCUCGGCAUGGUCUUCCUCACGGACGGUACAUGCAGCCUUUCUGCCAGCUUUUCCUUCCCCAAUCCCCGAGCGAGUCCGGCUUAAAUAUGAGGGGCACCACCGUCCAUAUUGCUUCGGUUGCAAGUCCAAUCGAGUCGCCCCAACUUUGCCUCUACUUUCCUUAUCUGCACUGGGAUACUUUCAAAGGACUGCAAAAGCGGAAUGAGCUCGUCCGUCAAAGGCUGGAGGAUCCACGCCUCUAUCCUCCCAAUGCGCAUGUCGAACACGGGCAGUCUAUGGAGAACAAAUUAAUCUGGCAAUACCUUCUGGACUCUUCCAAGCUACCUCUUCAUAUCCGUCGCUCAAUUGACCAAUUUGGUAACCCACAUCUUCAGGACGUCAGCGUUCGUGAUCGAGAUCAAGUCCUGUACAAAUGCACCAAGCCCGAGUCGCCGUUGAAAUUGACACCAUCGAGCGAUUCCAAGAGCCAUUGCUUUCUCAACCCGAAUAGUUUCAGAGCAAAGACUGAUGAUGAAGCAAAGGUUUUAAUGGUGGAUCAACUUUGGGCUUGGGUUAUCGAUUCUGACACCGUUGCAACCUUCUUCUCUCCCAAAGAAGAGUUUCCAAUGCUAAAAGAUUCGGUACCCGACAGUUCGAUGGAGUCUGAAAUAUCUUCUUUGACAUCUACCAAGGUUUUCCUUGGUCAGGCGGAUCUAAGGAAUCAGAUAUACGAUGACGUCAACGGUGACCAGCGCUUUGCUUGCCAAUGCUUUGACCCCUUUGAUUUCGUCGCGCUCGCCGUGUGGCAUGCUGUCACCGUAUUCAUAGAGAGGUCCACAGACCCAGAUCUUAGUGUCUGGACUCUUUUCCAGGAAUGGAUCUGCGAGUUAGCGGAGAUGGAAGGCGCCUCGUUCAAAGUUUUCCAGACAAGUCAAAGCCAAACCACCAAGAUCUUCCAGGAGAGCAAAAGCCGGGAUGCAGGCGACCCCGAAUUCCGCGAUAUCGUUGAGAAACUCGAUCCGAGUGGCGACCUUAACGCUCUAAUUCAGCUGAAGGACGUUCAAGACGAGCUUAAUAUGCUUGGCAAGCUAUUUAGUCGUCAGAUUGAAGUUAUCGACAACCUCAUUUACGAUUACACCGUCCUCGAUGGUGACACCAACAAGCACGCGACAGCUAUUUAUUGGCUAAAAGAGGCUAAAAGCAAGUACAUCCACAGCUACCAGAAUGAGGUGAAAGAGCUCUCGGCGGCCAGUAAAACUGCCAUCGAUGACUACAGAGAGCUUUUAGACAUGAAGCAGAAGCAGAGCAAUGUUGUGGAAGCGUAUAUUUCACGGAUGACAGCUCAGACUUCCGGGGAACAAAAUCGUUCAAUUAUGAUUUUCACCAUAUUCACCAUUAUCUUUCUCCCACUCUCAUUCUUCACUUCCUUUUUCGGCAUGAACGUCCAAGACUGGUCCGGGUCAACAUCAAAUAAAAGCCUUCCAACCGUUCUCGCGCUCAUGUGUGGCAUAUCUGCUGCAGUUAUUAUAGUUGCUCUUUUCCUUGCGUUUACGCGUCAUCCGGUUGAGAAGAUCAGGAAGGCACCGCAGACGGUGAAAAAGACUCAUCAUCAUUUUAGGCAGUUGUGGGAUUGUUCGCAUUGGUGGGGUAAGAAACAGGAGGAGAAAGAGGAUGAGGCUAAGGUGACUAAUAGGAGUAGGCUGGAUUUAGAAGGAGGAGUGGAGGGAGCAGAUGGAUUGAGGAGGAGGAGGUGAAGAUUUUGAAAAUUUAGUGUUUCUGCUGUUUCGGUGCGUCAUGGAUUGGGAGACCCGGU